GACAUGCACUGACUUGUCUGGCCCUCCGUGAAGUCCCCCCAACUCCCAUCCUCUACUUCAACCCAGUCGCAAGUUCCCUUCCAAUCGUUCCAAUUGCCUCCUCACAAAUCGCGCCCAGCAUGGCAAGCAGGAUCGCGCCCAUAGUAUUCCGCACAGCAGCUCGCUGCUCGAGGCCUACGAGGAGCGCAGCAAGGCAACAGAUUCGUGCUCUCUCAGCCACACCAUCAAGACCGAGCGAUUCGCUCAGCGUUCACCGCAACACACCCGACAACAACCCCGACAUCCCCUUCAAGUUCACACCGCAGAAUGAGGCCGUCAUCGCCGAGAUCCUCAAGCGGUACCCACCCCAAUACAAGAAGGCGGCCGUGAUGCCCAUCCUGGACCUGGGCCAGCGCCAGCACGGCUUCACCAGCAUCAGCGUCAUGAACGAGGUGGCCCGCAUCCUCGAGAUGCCCCCCAUGCGCGUCUACGAGGUUGCCUCCUUCUACACCAUGUACAACCGGACCCCCGUGGGCAAGUUUUUUGUUCAAGCCUGCACGACGACACCCUGCCAGCUGGGCGGCUGUGGCUCCGACGUGAUUGUCAAGGCCAUCGAGGAGUCCCUCGGCAUCAAGGCCGGCCAGACGACCCCGGACGGGCUCUUCACCUUCAUCGAGGUCGAGUGUCUGGGCGCAUGCGUCAACGCGCCCAUGGUGCAGAUCAACGACGACUACUACGAAGACCUGACACCCGAGACCACCAAGUCGCUGCUCACAGCCCUCAAGGAGUCUGCGGGCGACGUGGCCAAGGUGCCCAAGCCCGGUCCCCUGAGCGGUCGGGACACGUGUGAGAACAGCAACGGCCAGACAAACCUGCUGAGCGAACCUUGGGGCACGGAGACGACGAGGUCAGAUUUGUAGACAGGGGGUGGUUAGAAGACAAGGGGAGAAAAGACGUUUUAUUUCACUUGCGCAAGUGUGCAAAGUGUUGGUGGGUGUGGCCAGGAAGAGAGGGUUUGAUCUGAUCUACAUGGAGCGACACGAAGGUAAAAAGGGAGAGGAGGGCGCAGGUGGAUGUAUGCCCCAACAACCUCUUUGUAAAUAUGAUAUGUACCUGUGGGUUCAACAAGACAAGAAGUUUUGAGACAAUGAUUGAGACGAUGGUCCAUGUGGUGUUGUUGUCAGUCUGCUAAGCUGGUGUUGACUAGAUUUCCAGAUCGUAAUCCUCGAAAAUAAUGAGAGAAGAAAGGAGAGACAGGGAGAAAGGAUGGAAAAGGAAGACAUCCUGCCAUUGGAUCUUGCCUCAGCUCCAGGCUUUUGUGACAAUGUCAUCAAGGCUCCCUCUUCUCCGCUCCAAUCCUGAGGAUCCAUCCAUCCCCAAGUCUCUUGUUGGUCUCAUCAACACCACCCCAGAUGACCACCCCUCUUUCCUCCAGCUCGCCCAUGUGUGCACUGGCGAACCAGCCCCUUGGGCCUGGUCCCUGCGCCGCAACCUCAUCCUCGUCAUCGUAUGCUUCAGCUUCCACACGGAACCACUUACCCUCGACUGAGCUAGAAUGGCUUCCGCUCCGCCCACGCCCAAGCCACGCAUCGAGGCCACCCUGCGCCAUGCCGAUAACCUGACCCGCGGCUGUGGGAUGAGGCAGCUCGUACGCCCAGGUAUCAGACCAGAACUUACCCGCCGCCUCGUGCCCUUGGCUGCUCGGGUCGCGCUCGCCCAGCGUGAGCAGCAGGUACUCGCGCCCAGAAGGGCCGCCGAUGGUAACGGUCUGGAGGCCCGCCACGCUGCGGUGGCCUGGCCAGCUUGGGACUUGAGAUGGGUGCUGCUGCUGUGCCAAGGGUUGAGAU